AUGCCGCCAAAACAAGCACAAAAACAAUCCAAACCAAAGCCCGCAAAGGGCCAGGCCAACAGCAAUGACGAUACUCCGCACUGUACCAUCCCCGAGCACGAAAUCAAGCAAAAUGCCGGCGUAUCUGCCAGUAUGGCUCUACAAGCAGGACAAAAAGCAUGGGAGCUCAGGCAAGCAGCACAUGGCGCUGCCGAUGCGGAAGCAAGAGAGAAAAUCUUAGCCAAAGCAAUCAACAAGGAAAUCGAAGCCGAGAGUUUUGGAAAAGCAGCAAAAUACACACAGUCCGGUGCUUUUCAGGGGUUGGCUGCUGGAGCAGGAUUGGGCGUACAACCAGGUGUAACCCUUGGAAAACUGACUGGUGCACUGGUUGGGGGCCUGGUGUCUACAGUAACUGGUCUACUUGGAGGUGGUAUCGGUUCAGUGUACGGGGCCAUGACUGGGCCUUUUUGGGAUCUCGGAGAGAUGGCAAGUCACGGAGUUCAAGGGGUGGUUGGCGACUUUCUUCCCGACAUCAAAGCGACAUCUUCGCAAAGGAAGGCUCUAGAGAAGAUGAUCAUGCAGACAAAGGAAACGCAAGCUCCCACUAGGGAAGAGCUGGAGCAGAUGAAGAACGAUGCGCCAGACCAGAUGCCGCAGUCUUGGUCGCAGUCAGUCAAGGAUAUGACAAGUUGGAGACCCAAAAUGCCAAGUAUGCCUAGUAUGCCAUCAGCGAAAGGUAUGGGUGGUGCGGUGGGUCUUGGAGGGCUAGGUGCAUCGAUGAACCCCUGGGGAGGACAAAAGCAAAAUCAGCAACAGCAGAGUGCACCGCAACCUCAGCAGCAGCAACAGAGCCAACAGAAGCAAAACCAGCAAGCUCCAGUUCAGAACCAGCAACCGACACAACAACGGAGCCAACAGCCUCCUCAAGUUCAAAACCAGCGACCGAACCCACCGAGCAGGCAGCCAUCAAAGCAAGGAAACCAGCAGGGCGCAUCAUCCAAUGCUACCUCCAAAGAAGAGCCUAAGCCCGCGAAGCCCCGUUCCCAAAGACCACCUACAACAAGAGGGCCAGCAAACCCUCAAUCAGCAUCGCAACCCCAGCCAUCAACUACCAACACCACCUCGCAGCCCACUCAGGAAAAGCAACAACCAAGAACCCAACAGUCCUCCAACAAACCUGCAACAAGUAUGCAAACUAAAUCUUCGCCCCCGAAAUCUCAACCAGCAGAUACAUCUCGACCCACUCAGACGAAGCGCGUCUCGUUCAACGAUGGCCAAGAAAGCAGCUCCACCACUUCCACGGCAAAGACCAGGAGAAAGCCGAGGAAAUUGAAUCAGCAGACUCCUAAUGCUGCCAACGCUAAUGGUACGGCUAAAGCGCCGGCUCCUCCUGCCGCGAAGAGGGCGCCUAGGAAGCUUGAGACGAGGAAGCCUGCUGCAUGA